GAAAACGCCAUGAACGGCGACUGGGAAAAAGUUGUGGAGGUCUAUGGAUCAUCACAGAGCUCAAAAGUUCAAGAGAUGAGGAUCACCAGAGCGGGGGACACUGCUCUACAUAUCGCUGCUUCGGAUGGCGAAACAAAAAUUGUGCGGCAGUUGUUACAGCUCAUUGGAAACAAUGCAUCCAAGAUAUUGCAAAUAAAAAACAAGAAAGGCAACACACCUCUCCACUUAGCUGCUGUAGUGGGGGAUGUGGAAACGUGUCAUGCAAUGGCCACCAAAGACCCCGAAAUCGUGUCAUCUCUCAACAAUGAGAAUGAGACCCCUCUCUUCUUGGCAGCUCUUAAUGGGCAUGAGAAGGUUUUUCUUUGCCUUCAUAGUCACUGUGUAGAAGGAUGCUAUUCAUUUAGAGCAAGGAAUGGUGAUACCAUUCUCCAUGCAGCUAUGUCCGGUGAAUACUUCAGUUUGGCAUUCCAGAUCAUUCUGUGGUACCCAGAACUUGUCAAUUAUAUUAAUCAGAGUGGCUUCUCUCCCCUGCAUAUUCUAGCCAAUACUCCAUCAGCAUUCAAAAGCAGUAGCCGCCUUAGACCGUUAGAUCGUCUCAUAUACCAAUGUUUGAUUGUUGAAGAGCUUAAAGGGGGAAAAGAGGACAAAAAGAGUAUUUGUCCCAUCGAGAAAAGAGGAAGAAAUACCAUCGAUACGGGUUCUGAAUUUCCUCAAGCAUUAACUAAAUCAUGGGGAAAUGGGAUGUGCUCUUCUCUAUGUCUAGCUAAGAGAGGAAAUAAAAAGGAAGAUGAAGAGAAUCCCCAACAAGAGAGCAGCUCAAUGCCAGCCAUGAACCAACGAGAGGAAGAUGGGAGAGAAAGUCGUCCCAAUUAUAUUUACUCCUCAUGUGUUAAGUUUUUCAACUUAAUCACAGCUGUCUUGGUAGCGAUCAACGCAAUUUGGAGGAUAGAUAAAAUCCACGACGAGAAAAGGCGACAUAUAUGGGCUACUCAGGUCAUGAAUCAAUUGGUUGAGCAUAGUAAUUUAUACAAGAACGUACAAAGUUCUGGAGAAGCUCCAGACGAUAAAGAUAAAUUUGGAGAUGUUCCUGAUCCUACCGAAUUUGGAGAUGUUCCUGAUCAUACAGAGAAGAAAGGCAAUAAAGAAGAUGAGAAGAAGGAUAAUAUGGUAGAUAAGAAGGACAAAGAUAAUAAAUUGGGAGAUAAGAAGAGUGAUAAAGAUAAUUUGGAAGUGAAAAAGCAGACACCAAUAUUAAUUGCAGCAAAGAUGGGAGUGAGUGAGAUGGUGGAAAAAAUCCUAGAAAAAUUUCCAGUGGCUAUUGAGGAUGUGGACUCCGAAAAUAAGAGUGUUGCACUGUUGGCAGUCGAGAACAGGCAACCCCAUGUUUACCGUUUCCUAGUGGACAGGAAGAAACAAAUCACAAGCUUAUUACGUCAGGUGGACAACAAUGGUAACAAUGCGUUGCAUCUUGCUGCUAAAUGUGGAGGUCAUCGGCCAUGGCUUACUCCUGGUGCCGCACUACAAAUGCAGUGGGAACUUAAGUGGUACAAGUUUGUCAGAGAGUCCCUGCCACCUCGUGCAUCUGUUCGCUACAACAAAGCAGGUCAGAUACCACAGGAGAUCUUCACAACUUCACACAAAGAUCUUCGAAAAGAAGGCAGUAAUUGGCUCGUCAAAACCUCCGAAUCAUGCUCUGUGGUUGCUGCGCUCAUUGCAACAGUUGCCUUCGCAACAUCAGCAUCUGUACCGGGCGGACUCGACGAUAAAACUGGUUCACCGGUUUUCAAAGACAAGCCGGCAUUCGAUGCCUUCACCAUCUCAUCACUGCUUGCUCUCUGCUUGUCAGUAACUGCCCUGGUCUUCUUUCUGUCCAUUAUUACGUCUCGAUACGAAGCACAUGAUUUUUCCAUCAGCUUGCCCCGGAAACUUUUGCUGGGUUUAACAUCACUCUUCGCAUCCAUAGCUGCCGUGUUAGUCUCAUUCUGUACUGGCCAUAUUUUUCUCCUUGAUCGACAACUCAGAUAUGUGGCAUAUCCAUUAUAUGCAGCGACUUGCUUGCCGGUUACCAUUUUUGCUCUUGCCCAGUUGUCCCUCUACUAUGAUCUCAUAAGAGUCAUCUUCAGAAAGGUUCCACAGCGCAGCUACAAGGAAUAUAGACACUAAUUAAGUGGGACUGGAUCAUCUAUUCGACGCUAUAAAUAAAUUGUGUUUUUCAAUGUGUGAGUGUGUGUUUUGUUUUGUUUUGUUUUGUUUUUUUUUGGGAGGAAACAAGUAUUAAUUGGUUUGAGUGUGUGUGGUUUCAAACUUGUUUCCGGAGAGGUGAGGCUUUUGUAAGAAGUGUGCCCCAAUUAAAACCAAGUCAUAUGAUGUAAAACCCAGCUAAGAUAUAUCAUAUAUGUAUGG